AUGAGGGUGAAGCUGUCAGCACAGAUCAAUUUUGCGCUCAUAGAUGAUACCGCUGCCGCUGCUACCGCCGCUGCUACCGCCACUGCUACCGCAGCUGCUGCUUGUACUGCUGGAAAUGUUGUAGAAGUAUCGGAUGUGGAAUUUGAAGAUGAAGAAGAGGAAGAGGAAAUGGAAUGUGAACUUGUUUGUGAACCUGCACAAAAACUCACUGAUAAAUCGCCAGGUGUUCCUUGUUUCGAUCUUCCGAAGAUAUCUCAGAGAAAUCGAUCAACUCCAGAUGCUACUUCUAAUGAUAAUGAUGAUAAUAUCAUAAUGCCUGAUGUUGAGGAAGAGAUAUCAGAUACCGAUUUUGAAGAUGAGGAUGAAUUAGAGCCUGAACAAGUUUCGGAAUCUGAAAAGCCUCCAAAACCAAGCCACGAUAUUCGAUUCAAAGAACCAGAAAACCAAAAAACUAAACGUUUAGGAGAACCUGAAGAACCACAAAAAGUUUCAUCACCAGCUACUAAAAAACCGAAACCAGCAGAAACAUCAGAGAAACCGUCAGUAAUGAAGGAACCUGUGAAACCCACAAAAGAUGAUCCAAAAUCGAAAAAUAAGUCAAAGGUAGAACCCAAAAAUCCAAAUGUUAAACCUCAGGAAAAAUUAGAAAAAUCGGAUGAGGAACUCGAGCCAGAACUGGUAUCGGCCCCUGCAUCAAAAAAGCCUGAUAUUAAGCUGAAAGAUCCGGAAGGUACAAAACCAAAGAGGCCUCUGAAAGUUAAACCAACAGAGGGCAGUCCGGAACCUGAAACAGAUGUAACUCUUCCGAUAUCGAAACCCAAGAAAAAACCAAGUGUCAAGCCACAGGAACUGGAUGAUGAGGAACUGGAGCCAGAACUAGUUUCGGCCCCUACAUCAAAAAAACCUGAUAUUAAGCUGAAAGAUCCGGAAGGUGCAAAACCAAAGAGACCACUGAAAGUUAAACCAACGGAGGGUAGUCCGGAACCUGAAACAGAUGUAACUCUUCCGAUAUCGAAGUCGAAGAAAAAACCACAAGAACCGGAUGACGAGGAGCUCGAGCCAGAAUUAAUUUCGGCGCCUACAUCGAAAAAGCCUGAUAUUAAGCUGAAAGAUCCGAAAGGUGCAAAACCAAAGAGACCUCUGAAAGUUAAACCAACGGAGGGUAGUCCGGAACCUGAAACAGAUGUAACUCUUCCGAUAUCGAAGCCGAAGAAAAAACCGCAAGAACCGGAUGACGAGGAACUCGAGCCAGAAUUAAUUUCGGCGCCUACAUCGAAAAAGCCUGAUAUUAAGCUGAAAGAUCCGAAAGGUGCAAAACCAAAGAGACCUCUGAAAGUUAAACCAACAGAGGGUAGUCCGGAACCUGAAACAGAUGUAACUCUUCCGAUAUCGAAGCCGAAGAAAAAACCGCAAGAACCGGAUGACGAGGAGCUCGAGCCAGAAUUAAUUUCGGCGCCUACAUCGAAAAAGCCUGAUAUUAAGCUGAAAGAUCCGAAAGGUGCAAAACCAAAGAGACCUCUGAAAGUUAGACCAACAGAGGGUAGUCCGGAACCUGAAACAGAUGUAACUCUUCCGAUAUCGAAGCCGAAGAAAAACCAAGAACCGGAUGACGAGGAGCUCGAGCCAGAAUUAAUUUCGGCGCCUACAUCGAAAAAGCCUGAUAUUAAGCUGAAAGAUCCGAAAGGUGCAAAACCAAAGAGACCUCUGAAAGUUAGACCAACAGAGGGUAGUCCGGAACCUGAAACAGAUGUAACUCUUCCGAUAUCGAAGCCGAAGAAAAAACCGCAAGAACCGGAUGACGAGGAGCUCGAGCCAGAAUUAAUUUCGGCGCCUACAUCGAAAAAGCCUGAUAUUAAGCUGAAAGAUCCGAAAGGUGCAAAACCAAAGAGACCUCUGAAAGUUAAACCAACAGAGGGUAGUCCGGAACCUGAAACAGAUGUAACUCUUCCGAUAUCGAAGCCGAAGAAAAAACCACAAGAACCGGAUGACGAGGAAUUCGAGCCAGAAUUAAUUUCGGCGCCUACAUCGAAAAAGCCUGAUAUUAAGCUGAAAGAUCCGAAAGGUGCAAAACCAAAGAGACCACUGAAAGUUAAACCAACGGAGGGUAGUCCGGAACCUGAAACAGAUGUAACUCUUCCGAUAUCGAAGCCGAAGAAAAAACCGCAAGAACCGGAUGACGAGGAACUCGAGCCAGAAUUAAUUUCGGCGCCUACAUCGAAAAAGCCUGAUAUUAAGCUGAAAGAUCCGAAAGGUGCAAAACCAAAGAGACCACUGAAAGUUAAACCAACGGAGGGUAGUCCGGAACCUGAAACAGAUGUAACUCUUCCGAUAUCGAAGCCGAAGAAAAAACCGCAAGAACCGGAUGACGAGGAACUCGAGCCAGAAUUAAUUUCGGCGCCUACAUCGAAAAAGCCUGAUAUUAAGCUGAAAGAUCCGAAAGGUGCAAAACCAAAGAGACCUCUGAAAGUUAAACCAACAGAGGGUAGUCCGGAACCUGAAACAGAUGUAACUCUUCCGAUAUCAAAACCGAAGAAAAAACCAGGUGUCAAACCACAAGAACCGGAUGAUAAGGAAUUCGAGCCAGAAUUAAUUUCGGCACCUACAUCGAAAAAGCCUGAUAUUAAGCUGAAAGAUCCGAAAGGUGCAAAACCAAAGAGACCUCUGAAAGUUAAACCGACAGAGGGUAGCCCGGAACCUGAAACAGAUGCAACUUUUCCGAUAUCGAAGCCGAAGAAAAAACCACAGAUAGAAGCUAAAAAACCAAAUGCCACAUCUGAAGAAGAGUCAGAAAAUCCUAAUGAUGAAGAGUUGGAGCCAGAACUGAUUUCUGUUCCCGAGCCUAAGAGACCUAGCGCUAAAUCUGGAAAACCAAAGGCAAUCAAACCUAAAAAUCCCCUCAAGGUUAAAUUAACGGAAGAUAGUCCUGAACCAGAAACUGAUGCCACAUUACCUCUACCGAAAAAAAAACCGAGCGACAAGGAACAAGAUGAAUCGGAGGAACCGGAUGAGGUCUCCGAAACAAGCUUCACUGUUCCAGAAUUACCAAUCGAAAAUGAGAUUGAAAACAAUGAAAAUGUAUCGCCAAAGAAGAAACCGAAACAGAAAAAGAAAAAAUUGAAGCCACAAUGGAUUCCACCACCUAGACCACCACCAGAACCAUAUGAGAUGCCACCGGAUGAAAAGAAAUUGGCCGAUAUUCUGAAGGAAGAAAAAAUUCCACCAACAAAACGAUAUGCUAGAAAACCGCAACAUUUAGACGUUUUUAUUCCAUUCGAAAUACCAUGGGAAAAUCUACCCGCACUACAAACACAAGAAGGUAUGGGAGCAUUUGGACAUACCCGAGAUGCAAGUAUAAAGGUUGAUCAAGGUUCCAAGCACUUAGUACAGGGAGAUCUUCAUUCCGAAACUCUCAUCCCACUCUUUUCACAGGCGGUUGGCGAUAAUCGUUCCGGUAUGCUACCUUUCGGAUCUUAUCGAAGAAAUGUAUCGGAUGUUAUUGACAACCAUAAAUUUGAUGAGUCUAAGAUCAAAGAAAGUAAUCGUUUCAUUCCGAAGUUAAUGCAAGGUGCAAUACAGCCACAAAAUGCGGAAACUUUGUUUGGACAAAUUCGUAAUCAGACGCCACAUGUGAAAUAUUUGGACUAUAUGUCGCCAAGUUGUGAUCCAGAAUCUCACGGUUUCAUCAGCCGACAAUUUGCUCCGACAUCUACCGAAAAAGCUGGCAGUACAAUCAUAGACAGAAGACGAAAUGUCAUAGCCAAUGCACAGGGUUCCGGAAAUGAUAUUGGAGUAUUUGAUCGCGCUUCUGAAUCAAUUAUGCCACUUCUUUUCAAUGUUCAAGAUAUCUACCUUAAAGGUGGAACUGAUUUUGGUGCUUUUCGACCAUUGAUCAGUGAAUCAGAAGGUGGUUACCGGAUGACUCUAGAUGACGAGAUCAAAUGUAAACUUGUUGUUCCGUAUCAGACAGCGCCAUCAUUUGUAACAUGA